AUGUCGACUCCAGAACCGAACUCGAUCAUGUCCGAUGGCCUCAACCCCGCCAUGGGCAACGUCUCUGAGAUCCCGACCCACAAGGAAAUCCUCGCUAUAAACGAGAAGAAACAUUCAAUCACUGACUCCGGGGUGGAGAAGGAAAUUCUUGCGACAGGAGAAGUCGCUGUGGACGAUGAUUCAAUCAAGGAUAGCGACGACAAGGAUCACAUCAUCAUUACUGGCAGAGAUGCCGCCAAAUACCUUCUUCCUCUCCGUGACGAUCACGAGUCGGCCUUGACCUUCCGAUCCAUCUUUUUGGCUACGCUCCUGUCCGGUUUCCAGGCAACCAUGUACCAGAUCUACGCGUUCAAACCCACUUCGGUCACUAUUCAGGGAACUUUCAUCGUUCUGAUUGCAUACUUCGUUGGUAAUGCUUGGGCAAAACUUCUUCCCCGUGGAGACCAUCUCGAAGCUCGGUGGCGAGCAAAGGGAGGCGUGGGAAACCCACCUAGGUGGAUCACUGUCGUUUCAUUCCUUAACCACGGGCCAUGGAACUUGAAAGAGCACGCGAUCUGCUCGAUCACUGCUACCUCUGCGUCCAACGCGGCUGCCAGUAUCCAGGUAUUCGCCGCUCAAGACAUCUUUUAUAGCCUGCCAUUAAGCGCUACUACUGUCAUUCUCACCGUCAUUUCCAUUGGAUUGUUUGGUUACGGUGUCGCCGGUAUGCUCCGUCCUAUUUGCGUGUGGCACGUUGAUGCCGUCUACUGGUCUACCCUCCCUACCGUCAAGACUCUCCAGGGUCUUCACUGGCAAGAGGUGAAGAGCUCCAAGCCCAUGAGAUUCUUCUGGUAUGCUUUUGGCUCCAUGUUUAUCUACGAGUUCUUCCCCGCAUACAUCUUCCCGUGGUUGAACUCUGUCUCUAUCCCGUGCCUCGCGGCCAUGAACGCUACCGGCAGCAAGGCAAAGGUCCUCACGAAUUUGUUUGGAGGAUCGCUCAAUAACGAAGGACUGGGUCUAUUCUCCGUCUCGUUUGACUGGCAAUACAUCACCUCGUUCAACAGCUCGCUUCCACUAAAGCUUCAACUGAACGCUGCUAUGGGAUAUGGUGUCUGCAUCAUUGCCAUGCUGGCUAUUUACUACGGCAACGGUUGGAAUUCGAAGUCCCUGCCGUUCAUGUCCACGCGUCUUCUCGCCGAAGAUGGCUCGAAAUACCCUCUGACCAAGGUCUUUGUUGGGGGCGUCCUCGAUGAGGCUGCUUUGGAGCAGUAUGGCUCACCGAUAAUCACUGGAACUUUCGCGUAUGCCAUGCUUAUGGCCAAUGCUGCUAUCGGUGCUUUGGUUGCCCACUGCAUUCUCUUCUGGGGUGGUGAUAUCAAGAAUUCCUACAAGAGUGCCCGCAAGGGAGAGUAUAACGACAUCCACCACGCCCAUAUGGCCAAGCACUACAAGGAGACCCCGUGGUGGUGGUACGCCCUCGUCCUUGUGAUCUCUUUCGUCCUUGGUCUCAUCGUCGUUCUUACACAAGAUGUCACCCUUCCGGCCUGGGGCUACAUUGUCGCCCUAAUCACAGGCAUCAUCAUCGCUCCUUUCUCCUGCAUCCUUUACUCACGUUUCGGAAACGGAAUCGCUACGAACAACUUCUCCAAGAUGUUGGCUGGUCUCAUGAUCCCCGGUAAGCCCGUGGGAAAUAUGUACUUCGCCGCCUUCUCCCACAACGUCAUCAACAACUGCGUUGUUCUUUGCAACGAUUUGAAGAUGGGCGAGUACCUCAAGAUCGCUCCCCGUACCAUGUUCCUGACCCAAUGCUACGGGACCAUCCUCGGUGGUUUCGUCAACUACGCUGUCAUGACUUCCAUCGUCAGAGGGCGCCAGGAGGAACUUGCCAAUACCAACGGUUCUGCCUCUUGGUCCGGCGCACACGCCCAAUCCUACAACACCAACGCCACCACGUGGGCUCUGGCCAAGUACCUGUACAAGAGCGGCACCCAGUACAACAUGGUCCCCAUCGGCAUGGCCAUCGGUGCCGGCGUCGUGGCCGUCCACCGCGUCGUCGUCUACUUCCGGCCCCGGGUCGGCUCGUUCUCGCUGGACGAGAUCAACUUCCCGCAGUUCAUCCAGUACUCCGGGUUCAUCCCGUACAACGCGUCCCAGACGUGCGUCAUCUUCUCGCAGGUGCUCGCCGGCUUCUUCGUCCAGUUCUACCUGCGGAACUACCGCCCGCGCUGGUUCCGGGACUACUCGUACCUGGUUACCGGCGCGUGGGACGGCGCGAGCCUGUUUGCGCUGUUCAUCCUGUCCUUUGCCGUGUUCGGCGCCGGGGGCGUCGCCAAACCGUUCCCCAAGUGGUGGGGGAAUAAUGUUGAUGGGUACUAUGACCACUGCCCGGUUACGGAAUAG